GGUAUAUAUCACGUGAUCGUUGAGCAAGGCUCGACGAGGCUGGGCGCUAAGGAAUCCUUGUCGAAAAUAUUUGGCGAACUUUCGAAAAAGUUGCUUCAAGUUCCCAAUCAUCAACAGCAUCCACUCUCCACAAAAUGCCUCGACAGCGGUCAAAGAAGCUGAGUGCCAGUCGCGUGGUAGAACCAAAGUCUACUGCGGCAGAAGAUCAGGUUUCGGACGAGUCCGAAAGCGAAAAUUCGAACGACGAAAGUGACAAUGAGAGCUUAAUAUCCGUGGAGAAAGAUGAAGAGGAGGAGGAAUUGGACAGACUAGUAUUUGGCGAUGGCGCAGGAUUCAAAGCAAUGCUUGGGCAGGGCAUGGAUGUAGACUCGGGACAUAAAGGGGGACACAGCGGAGUGGAGGAAGAAGGUUCAGAGGCGGGGUUGGAGCACGUUGAUGAUGCUGAUGUAUGCUCCUACAUACGAUUGAAAGUCAUUCCAUGCUAAUGAGGUUGAAGCUUUUCUUUUUGGACUCUGGACCAUCCGGUGAUUCGAAUGCUAUGGUCUUGCAUCAAGCUUUGAAGGAGCAAGCCAGCGAUGCGCCGGCUUGGGAGGACAGUGACGAUGAUCGGUUGACAGUAUCUCUUGCUGGAAACUCUAGGCUUCGGAAACUUCGAAUAAAUGAGGACGAGGACUUAAUAAGCGGUGGAGAAUACUCGAAGAGGUUACGAAUGCAUUUUGAACGUCUAAACAACGUACCAGAAUGGGCGCAAACUUCACAAAGACCAGCGAAACGUCGACGCAGAUCAUCAGCAGGAUCUGAUUCCUCAAUAUCUUCGAAUGGCAUGGACAUAGACGAGGAAGACCUUUCCACUCUCCCACUGGCACGUCUUCUACAAAACGCUGGCUCUUUAACGAGAACUCCAGUAAGCUCCGCGAAACGUACGAAGCUGCGGCCCGAGGUUCUUGAUAUCCAACAAACACGAUCAUUACCCAAUGUUCAGUCGUCCGCUAUAUCUUCCCUCUCUUUUCACCCCGAAUAUCCCAUUCUCCUGUCAUCUGGAGCAGAAUCAACACUAUACAUUCACCACAUCGAUCCAACGGCACAUCCGACUCCCAACCCAUUACUCACAGCUAUCAAAGUCGGUCAUACCCCUCUUUACACGUCUGCGUUCCUGCAUCCUGCAGGAGAGAAAAUAUUCUUCUCAGGACGUCGUCGUUAUUUUCACGUUUGGGAUCUCCCUUCAGGAACAAUUGAAGCUGUCACACAAGUGUAUGGACAGAAAGAUGAACAGAGAACUAUGGAGAGAUUCAAGCUCAGUCCUUGCGGACGCUAUAUGGCACUUGUGGGGUCUUCCAAAAAGGGAGGUGGAAUUAUAAACAUCUUGGACGCGGGCACUACCCAAUGGGUGGCUUCAGUACGGAUAGAGGGAGCCAAUGGAGUUGCUGAUUUUGCAUGGUGGAGUGAUGGAGAAGGAUUAACUGCCAUUGGCAAGGGAGGCGAGGUAGCCGAAUGGAGCGUGGCAUCACGCUCAUAUGUAGCACGCUGGAUCGAUGACGGCCAUGCCCCUACAGUCCUAACUAUGGGUGGCUCCAAUGGGCCAAAGUCCCUGGGUGGAGAUCGCUGGGUAGUGAUCGGAUCACAGAGUGGUAUUGUGAACAUAUACGAUCGAAGAACAUUUCUCUCGGACAAGAACGAAAUCGCGGUACCAGAGAGACCGCAGCCGAAGAAGUCCUUCGAUCAAUUCACGACACCCACGAGCCAUCUGGAGAUCAGCCCUGAUGGCCAACUAUUGGCAUUUAGUAGCAACGGCAAGAAGGAUGCGCUGCGCUUGGUACAUCUACCUAGCUGUACGGUAUACAGGAAUUGGCCGACGGACAAGACACCUUUAGGACGAGUCACGGCUGUGGCGUUUGGAAGGCAGAGUGAUAUGAUAGCUGUGGGGAACAAGUCAGGAAAGGUACGGAUGUGGGAGAUUAGGCAUUGAUUACGAAUAACGAUGUUGUCUUCCAAUUUUCCAGCUCUGCUGCUACGUUUCCAUCUGCAUGUCGCAAUUGGUUUUGGCAAGUAUCCCGCGUAUAUUUGACAUCUAUAGUCUUGACCUAGCAGAACCGGAAUUUCCGACGACGAACCAUCUUUCUCUUCAUUCUGUCCGCCAUCUUGACAUCUCACCAAAUUGUUCCGCAAGAAUUCAAAUUCUGGGGUUUUUCAAAUGUGACUUUCGGCGGUGCUCAAUAUCAAUCGAUAUAUAUGAACUAAG